AUGGCAACUCUCUGGAACGAAAGAUCAAACACUUCUUACUGCUACCGCUACCGCUACACUAUUCCGCGUAGCCCAACCUCGAAAGCCAUGUCUAGUACAACUUCUCCUAGUGCAACGGAGGUUUCUACUUCUCCUAGUGCAACGGAGGUUUCUAUUCCUAGUGCAACGGAGGUUUCUAUUUCUCCUAGUGGUCCGGUGAGGGAUAUCAAUUGGUACCGACAGCUUUGGUGGAACACUGGUAACUUUCAUCCCAAAGCUAAGUGGAAUGAGAAUCCCAAUACAGAAUUGAGCAAUUAUGAGUUUAUCGACGAUUCUUCAGAUAUUUUGACAGAAGCUGAGGCAUGCGAAGAAAUUAAAACAAUUAAAACCUUGUCUGAAACAGAAGGUGAAUGGGAGAGUGGAAAUUAUGUUAAUACAAAAACUUAUCGCCUCAUAUGCUGGGAAAAUAAAUAUCAAAAUCCAAUCCAAAUAGUAACAGUGAAAGCAUAG